AUGACGCAGUUGUUUCCAAGGCUCAUGGCCAACGCGAGCUGCCAUGAUGCCCAAGUCACAGCUCCCACGGUUUCGCAAGAUUGCCGUAGUGGCUUCGACUUUACCGUCUAUUUCGAAGAAGCGAUCCUCUGCAUCUUGCCAUCGGCGGCUUACUUGCUGAGUGGCACCAUCGAGAGCGCCUACAUGUUGUGGAAGGGAAAGACGCUAUUCAUGAAAGCGUCUCCGCUGCAAAUGGUGAAACUGGCUGCCAAUGUAGCCUUUGCGGUCAUUCAGAUUGCGUUGAUUGCUCUAUGGUCACUACAUCCGCUACCCUCGACCUCGCUCCCUCUUGUCUCGUCCAUCAUGUCUCCGUAA